GGUGGACGGCGUAAGGUCGUGCCGGGAAUGACUCUGUGUUAAGGACCUGCACAGGACUCAAGUGAUGUCUUCUGACGACUAGGUGGUGCUAGUUUUUUUUUUCAGUCAGGAAGAUAACAGUGAGGAACAGUUUGUUCUUAAACGGUGCCCGGAAACGACCUUGGAUUACGCGCGGUUUUUUUUUUGCACGUGGAAGAGGAUCUGUGAACUGUGUGGCUGUCGUCAGCAAACAUCGCCAAUAGGUGCUAAUUAGUGGAACGCGUGAGCUAAUUUUGAUCAUCGCAGUAGGCACAGGUGCCAAUUGGCAGGAGCUUUCGUUGGACGAGGGUAGCGACUGCUACGAUCAGUCCCAGUUGAUCCAGGGUGGCAUCGAGAACACGGGUCCCGAAGGAUUUAGGAUGAAGCGGUUCGCGACAGAGGUUGCUAGGAUGGAUUGGGUGAUCUUGGCUGUCCUGGUUGUGGUUCAAGUCGCCACCGUUUCCGGUGCGGGCCACCACCGUUUCGGGUACACCAAACCGGAACAGCGCCGCUGGUCAAAGGCCCACGAAAGCUGCGCCGGGAAGCACCAGUCACCGAUCGCCAUCUCCAGUGGCAGGGCCAUUUCGCUGAACAUCCCGGCGAUUGAGUUCGUCGGCUACAACAACCUGCUGCCGGGGCCGAUCACGAUGCACAACAACGGUCACUCGGUGUCUUUUUCCAUUCCGAAAACGGAUCCGUCCAAGGGGCGCCAUCCGUACAUUUUCGGCGGCAAAAUGGAAAACGAGUACGAACUGGAGGGACUGCACUUCCACUGGGGUGACAAGAACAAUCGGGGGGCCGAACACGUGCUCAACGAUGUCAGAUACCCAAUGGAGAUGCACAUCAUCCACCGCAACAAAAAGUACAAAAACGUCGCCGAAGCACUCGGCUAUUCGGACGGCCUAACCGUGCUCGGGUUCUUCUACCAGGUGGUCGAGCAGGAAAGUUCCGAAAUCGGCUACCUGCUGCGUUCGUUCCCCCUGAUCGAGGAGUACGACCAGAAGGCGUCGCUCAACUUCACCUUCACACUCAACUCGCUGCUCGGCCAGCUCGACCGGACCCGGUUCUACACGUACAAGGGCUCACUGACGACGCCACCCUGCUCCGAGGCCGUCACGUGGGUGCUCUUCCCCGACCUGCUGACCAUUUCGCUCACGCAAAUUCGCCGCUUCCGCGUGCUCGACACCGGCAUGCACGGAUCGCCGAUGGUGGACAACUACCGGGCCCUGCAACCGAUCGGCAACCGGCGGGUGUUUGUCCGGAAGGUGAACUCACGCAACACCGCAAUCGACGUGGUUCGGAACGAAAUUGACCAUACCAAGUGGGAUUGGACCUUCUAGUACCAGGACGGAGUGUUGAUGAUUGGGGAGACAUUUUUUACCAAAAAGAUAAUUACGGACGGCGGCAAUGCGAGUUAUUUUUAAAUCAAAAUUUCACUACAAGUAUAAGAGAAGCAAUGCAGAGACACGACACAAGGAUUCAUUCAAUCUACCUUUAUUUUAAGAAAUAUUAUUUACAUGUGUUCCACCUAGCAAUAUAGAAUAAGAAUUGUAUAAGUUAUUCUUAGUGACAGAACGAACUGUGCAAUGCUGGUGCAAUUGAUUUACACUGAGCGGGUUUAGUAGAAGAAACGAAAAGUUUAAAAAUAUAAGGCAUGUAUUUCAAAAACAAAAUUUAAAUAAAAAAACGAAU